UGUGUAUCCAACAAGUGGAACCUUAACGGUUGGGUGGUGAAAUGUGCUAUUGUCUGCCUUAUAAUGAUUGCAUUAAUUAUAAUAAUUCUGCAACUUGGAUAUCAUUUCAGCAUAGAGGGUAGUAAUAGACAUUAGAGUGGAGCAGAUAUAUAAAUUAAUAAUUUUGAUAUUCCCUUGUUUAUCUCCGUUUUUUGGGGGGAGAAACGUUGUCAGUAUUAAUCUGCUGCUUUUGCAUGUUUCUCAUUGUGUUAGGGGAAAUUACAUAAUUUUAUGGUAUCAAUGUUACCACCUUAUCAUUUUAUUGCUGUCAUGAUGCAUGUGAUGCAGUCCAAGCUUAAUGAAAGACAAACUUGGGCGUAGUUGUUUUAUGAUAGCCCUUGUACGAGUGAAGCUGUUAAUCAGUUUGGGAUGUUCCUACUCUGUCACCAUGUUCUAUCGCAAGUUCUAGUUUGUGCUCUCGAGGAACUGCUCUGUACAAAUUCUCUUUAAGUCUUUUAAAGUUCUGGCAAAAGUGCAUAAAUUAAUGCAAGCUGUGUAUGCAGACAACUGCAGCAGUGGUUUGAUAACAAUCUUUUCUUCAUGUUAAGCAAACCGUAGACUCUUGACGCAUGCCAUGCACAUGAAAGAGUGUGUCUUUUGCUGCAGGGAGGGACUGAAACUAUAGAUGCUCAAUAGAAGUGUUCUGUCGGACUGAUCAGAUAUUUUUCUUUCAUUUCUAAUAAAAUUAUUGCGUUGUGAUGUGUGGGAUUUUUAUGGUGCAUGCACAAUAUUUCAAAUCUGAGAAUAACUUGCAGCUGGCAAAGGCUGUCAUAAUUUAACCACAAAUUAUUAUUUUUAUUUUUUUUAUUUUUUUUUAUUUUUAAUGGACAGACAUGGCUGAAAUGUCAUCUUCCUACAAAGCUACUGCACAGCAGGGGUUUUUAUUCAUGUCCAUCAUGACUCAGAGUCCUGCUGGUUUUCAUUUGCAUCCCAUCAAGAACUCAUUUAAAUUUCAGAAGAUGACUGAGUGAUAUUUAGUCUGUGAAUUUUACACAUUUAUACAUAAGCAUAGUUUUCUGAUAAAUUCUACAUUUUUAUUUCAUAAAGAUUUCAUUUUGAGCUGUAUUGGACAGUCUAAAACCCCGUAAUCAGGCUCUGCUUCCACUGCAUGGCUACACAGCUAAAAGUUAAGAUGUAGUUUUUCCUGUAACGUGUUAAAGUGUUGCUGGUUAUGUUACCACUAGGUGGCAUACUCAGUCUUUGGUCCUCCACCAGUGUGAAAUUCUACUGCAGUACAAAGCAAAUCCAGAUCAUUGUUGUUUCUCUCUGUAGUUAGAAAGUUUGUCUUAAAUGCUUGGGUCUGGGUAAGAUUAAUUUUUACUAACUUAACUUUAAAACUUAACUUUAAAGCCUACUUUGUGUGGUACAAUCCUGAACUUGUGACCAAGUUCUGAUCCUAAUCCUGUAUGUUUUUCUUUGUGUUGCAUGUCAACACAUAGAUGCACUGCCGUUUCCUUUUCACCAGAUGAUUCACUCUUUAGUUUCUAUGAGAAAUUACACUUCCCCAUCCACGUUGUGAAACGGUUCUUGCAUUCCUUCUGUUAUUCCAUGUUAACUAGAUGUGUUGAGCUAAAUUAUGACCUUAUCUUUUCAGGUUGCUGAAAGUUAAACAUGGACAAACCAAAAGAUGGACAAGCUGAUCACAAAAAGAACAACUCAGAGAAGAGCUCUGAAAAGCAACCAAUCACAGCCUGCCUGUUUAGUGCAGCCUUCUUCGGGGCCCUGGGUUCAUCCUUUCUUUAUGGCUAUAACCUCUCUGUGGUCAACGCGCCUGCUGUGUACAUCAAAGCUUUCUACAAUAAGACCUGGAUUGAGAGAUAUGGCGAGCCUAUCCCAGGAGAGACAUCCACCCUCCUGUGGUCCAUCACAGUGUCCAUAUUUGCCAUUGGAGGCCUCCUUGGAGCGUUCUCUGUCUCUUUAAUCAUCAAAGUACUUGGAAGAAAGGGAACCCUGCUGCUGAAUAACAGCUUUGCUGUGAUUGCUGCUCUGCUGCUGUCCUUUGGCGAGAUGUCCAAAUCUUUUGAGAUGCUCAUUAUUGGUCGUAUCAUUAUGGGGGUGAACUCUGGUAUAGCUCUUAGUGCCCUCCCCAUGUACCUAGGAGAGAUUUCCCCACGACAUAUCAGAGGUUUCAUUGGCCAGUUCAACUCCAUCCUGAUCUGCUUAGGAGUCUUCAUAGGACAAGUGCUGGGGCUGCCAGAGCUCCUUGGUCAGGAAUCCAGAUGGAACUACCUAUUUUCCUUCCUGGCAUUCCCGGCAGUGCUGCAGCUGUGCGUGCUGCCCUUCCUCCCUGAGAGUCCUCGCUUCCUGCUAAUGGAGAGGAGAGAUGAGGCGGGAGCAGAAAGAGCUUUUCAGAGGUUUUUGGGGAAGAAGGAUGUGUCCCAGGAGCUGGAAGAGGUCCAUGCCGAGGCUCGAGCUCAGGAUAACCUGCACACAGUCUCUGUGCUACAGCUCCUGAGGAACCCAGCUGUUCGCUGGCAGCUCAUCACUAUCAUCAUCACCAUGGCCUGCUAUCAGCUUUGUGGCCUCAAUGCCAUCUGGUACUACACUAAUGGGAUCCUUCAGGAAGCCGGCUUUGCAGAAAACAUUCUCCCCUACGUCACACUGAGCACCGGGGCUAUAGAGACGCUGGCCGCCAUUAUCUCAGGCCUGGUUAUAGAGAGAAUUGGGAGGAAACCCCUCCUCAUAUUUGGUUUCUCUUCCAUGGCUGUUUUCUUCAGCCUGCUCACAGUUUUCCUGAAUUUCCAGGAAAGUGUGUCGUGGAUGCCAUACCUCAGUUACGUCUGCAUUCUGGCUGUGAUUGCUGCCUUUUGCUCUGGACCAGGUGGCAUCCCAUUUGUCCUGACUGGGGAACUGUUUGAACAGUCCUACCGACCUGCUGCUUUCAUGAUCGCUGGUACUGUAAACUGGCUGUCCAACUUUGCUGUAGGCCUCCUGUUUCCAUUCAUUCAAGAGACGUUGCAGUCCUUUGCCUUCCUGGUGUUUGUGGCUGUCUGCAUCUUGGGAUCCAUUUACCUCUGUGUUGUCCUCCCUGAAACCAAAAAUAAAACAUUUAUGGACAUCAGCCAGAGCUUUGCUAAGAUCAACAAAAUGCCCGUUUCUUCACCUGGCCAGGAAAUGGAGCUGGUUCUGUCCAUUUCACCUGACAUGAAUGGAAAAUCUCAAGAUGUCACAAAGAUGGAGAGUUCUUUCUAACUGAGCAAAGUACACAGGUUAUGGAGAAUCAGGGUGAAAAUU